AGGCUCUGCUCUCAGGCCACUUUUGCUGGCUGUAAACGGGGUCUCUGGAACCAGAGGGAGCAAGUGGCUCUUCUUAAAAUUGAGGGUUUUUACAACCGAGAUGAAACAAAAUUCUGUUUAAACAAGAGAUGUGCUUAUGUGGACAAAGCAAAGAACAACACAAGAACUCCUGGUGGCAAACCUAACAAAACCAGAGUCACUAGGGGAAAGGUAAAUCGUUCACAUGGAAACAGUGGCAUGGUUCAGACCAAAUUCAAAAGCAACCUACCUGUUCAGGCCAUUGGACACAGAACCCAUGGGAUGUUGUGUCCCUCAAGGAUUUAA